ACUGGUCUUCAACACUUCUCUCUAUAAAGACAUUCAUCACCCGUUUCUCUCUCUCUCUCUCUCUCUUUCUCUGAGUCAAUGGCAAUGGUCUAGAAAUCCCACUGAGUCAGCUCGUCUCGGUCGCUAGAACUCGGGUCUUCUCCACUUUCUCCGCUUCCGUAAACCCCAUCUUCUCCGAGUUCUGUCUGUAAAAAUGGCAGAGACGGCGGCGGCGCAGGCUGUUCCACCGGAGACGGAGAAGAAGAAGGAACAGAGCUUGCCUUACUUCAAGCUUUUCUCUUUCGCCGACAAAUAUGAUUGUCUCUUCAUGAUCACUGGUUCACUUGGCGCCAUUGUCCAUGGCUCCUCCAUGCCCGUCUUCUUCUUGAUCUUCGGCGAAAUGGUUAAUGGGUUUGGAAAAAAUCAGAUGGAUUUGCACAAACUGACCGACGAAGUGUCCAAAUAUGCUCUGUAUUUUAUCUACCUGGGCCUUGUGGUGUGCUUCUCUUCAUACGCAGAGAUUGCAUGUUGGAUGUACACUGGAGAAAGACAAGUAGGUGCUCUCAGGAAGAAGUAUCUUGAAGCUGUUCUGAAACAAGAUGUCGGAUUCUUCGACACCGAUGCAAGAACCGGAGACAUCGUCUUCAGUGUCUCCACAGACACUCUUCUCGUCCAAGACGCCAUUAGCGAGAAGGUUGGCAAUUUCAUACACUACCAGUCAACAUUUUUGGCGGGACUAGUUGUUGGUUUCGUGUCCGCAUGGCGAUUGGCUUUGUUGAGCAUCGCGGUGAUUCCCGGAAUUGCUUUCGCCGGCGGUUUAUACGCUUAUACGCUCACCGGAAUCACGUCGAAGAGUCGAGAAUCAUAUGCCAACGCCGGUGUGAUCGCCGAGCAGGCAAUUGCUCAAGUUCGAACUGUCUACUCGUAUGUCGGGGAGAGCAAGGCUCUGAGUUCAUACUCUGAUGCGAUUCAGCACACGCUCAAGCUCGGAUAUAAGGCUGGGAUGGCGAAAGGCUUGGGUUUGGGAUGUACAUAUGGAAUAGCAUGCAUGUCGUGGGCUCUCGUGUUCUGGUAUGCUGGCGUUUUCAUCAGGAAUGGACAGAGUGAUGGAGGGAAGGCGUUCACUGCCAUAUUUUCAGCCAUCGUCGGUGGAAUGAGCUUGGGGCAAUCGUUCUCGAAUCUGGGGGCCUUUAGCAAAGGUAAGGCAGCCGGUUACAAGUUAAUGGAGAUAAUCAACCAAAAACCAUCAAUAAUCCAAGACCCGUUGGACGGGAAAUGCUUGGAUGAAGUUCGUGGAAAUAUUGAGUUCAAAGAUGUAACCUUCAGCUAUCCUUCGCGGCCUGCUGUUAUCAUCUUCAGGAAUUUCUCUAUUUUCUUACCCGCUGGGAAAACUGUGGCGGUGGUUGGUGGGAGUGGCUCUGGCAAGAGUACAGUUGUCUCCCUCAUCGAGAGAUUUUAUGAUCCAAAUGACGGGCAAAUCUUGUUGGAUGGUGUCGAUAUAAAGACCCUUCAAUUGAAAUUUUUGCGCGAUCAGAUCGGGCUUGUGAAUCAAGAACCAGCACUAUUUGCUACUACUAUACUCGAGAACAUACUCUAUGGAAAGCCUGAUGCGAAAAUGGCUGAGGUUGAAGCUGCUGCUUCUGCUGCAAAUGCCCAUAGCUUCAUUACCUUGCUUCCCGAUGGCUACAAUACACAGGUUGGAGAAAGAGGCGUUCAACUUUCUGGUGGGCAAAAGCAGAGAAUUGCAAUCGCUAGAGCGAUGUUGAAGGACCCAAAGAUUCUACUGCUUGAUGAAGCAACAAGUGCUCUCGAUGCCAGCUCAGAGAGCAUUGUUCAGGAAGCUCUUGAUAGGCUCAUGGUAGGGAGAACCACUGUCGUGGUUGCUCAUCGCCUUAGCACCAUAAAGAACGUCGAUUCGAUUGUGGUUAUACAGCAAGGACAAGUUGUUGAAACUGGAAACCAUGAAGAACUCAUUGCCAAGGCCGGAGCAUAUGCCUCUCUUAUCAGAUUCCAAGAAAUGGUGGGCACCCGAGAUUUCUCAAACCCGUCAACACGUCGAUCUCGUUCUACCCGUUUGAGUCAUUCUCUCUCGACGAAAUCGCUCAGCCUUAGAUCAGGAAGUCUGAGAAACCUGAGCUAUUCCUACAGCACAGGAGCCGAUGGCCGGAUUGAGAUGGUUUCAAACGCGGAGACAGACAGGAAAGCUCGUGCACCCGAUGACUACUUCUUCAGGCUUCUCAAGCUAAACUCCCCGGAAUGGCCUUACUCAAUCAUGGGCGCUAUUGGCUCGGUCCUUUCCGGCUUUAUUGGCCCGACAUUUGCUAUCGUGAUGAGCAACAUGAUCGAGGUCUUCUACUACUCAAACUACGGUUCUAUGGAAAGAAAGACUAAGGAGUUUGUUUUCAUUUUUAUUGGUACUGGUCUCUACGCUGUGGUUGCAUAUUUGAUCCAACACUAUUUCUUCAGCAUAAUGGGAGAAAACCUCACCACGAGAGUUAGAAGAAUGAUGCUGUCAGCCAUUCUGAGGAACGAGGUUGGAUGGUUCGAUGAGGAGGAACACAACUCGAGCCUUGUUGCUGCCCGGUUGGCCACGGAUGCGGCUGAUGUGAAAUCUGCAAUUGCCGAGAGAAUCUCGGUGAUUCUGCAGAACAUGACCUCACUUCUCACAUCCUUCAUCGUUGCCUUCAUAGUGGAAUGGAGAGUUUCCCUUCUCAUCUUGGCCACAUUCCCUCUUCUAGUCCUCGCCAACUUUGCUCAGCAACUAUCUCUCAAAGGCUUUGCUGGCGACACAGCCAAGGCUCAUGCAAAGACUUCGAUGAUAGCCGGUGAAGGAGUCAGCAACAUUAGGACGGUUGCAGCCUUCAAUGCUCAGGACAAAAUCCUUUCUUUGUUCAGUCACGAGCUUCUUGUCCCUCAGAAAAGAAGCCUAAGACGCAGCCAAACCUCGGGAUUCCUCUUCGGCCUCUCCCAGCUCGCUCUCUACGGGUCCGAGGCUCUUAUCCUCUGGUAUGGCGCCCGCCUCGUUGGCAAAGGCGAGUCCACCUUCUCCAAAGUGAUCAAGGUCUUUGUUGUUUUGGUCAUUACCGCAAACUCGGUUGCUGAAACCGUCAGUCUUGCUCCCGAAAUCAUCCGGGGCGGUGAAGCAGUCGGUUCGGUUUUCUCCGUCUUGGACAGGCAAACCCGGAUUGAUCCGGAUGAUCCCGACGCUGACCCUGUUGAGACAGUGCGUGGAGAAAUUGAAUUCAGGCAUGUCGACUUUGCUUACCCGUCUAGGCCUGACGUGAUGGUGUUCAAAGACUUCAAUGUCAGGAUCCGAGCCGGGCAGAGUCAAGCUCUUGUUGGGGCCAGUGGGUCGGGGAAAAGCUCUGUUAUUGCAUUGAUCGAACGCUUUUACGACCCAGUAGCCGGGAAAGUGAUGAUCGACGGGAAAGAUAUCCGGCGGCUAAACCUGAAGUCUCUGAGGCUAAAGAUCGCUCUAGUGCAACAAGAACCGGCUCUUUUCGCAGCAAACAUCUUUGAAAACAUCGCAUACGGGAAAGAAGGAGCAACGGAAUCCGAGGUCAUCGAAGCAGCACGAGCGGCAAAUGCUCACGGUUUCAUCAGCGGAUUACCCGAGGGAUACAAGACAAUGGUGGGCGAGAGAGGAGUACAAUUAUCCGGUGGACAGAAACAGAGGAUCGCCAUCGCAAGAGCCGUCCUCAAGAACCCCAGAGUUCUGCUCCUGGACGAGGCAACGAGCGCCUUGGACGCAGAGUCGGAAUGCGUGCUGCAAGAGGCUCUAGAGCGGCUAAUGAGGGGUCGGACCACAGUUGUGGUGGCUCACCGCCUCUCCACAAUAAGAGGGGUCCACAAGAUCGGAGUGGUUCAGGACGGGCGGAUCGUCGAGGAAGGGAGCCACUCCGAGCUCAUCAGCCGGCCGGAUGGUGCGUAUUCCAGGCUCUUGCAGCUUCAAAGCCAUAGGAUUUAAACAUUUGCUUUGAAGGGUUUGUUCUUAUAUAUAUAUGAAUCUGGGCUUAAUCCAUACUUGGAUCGUCUGAUUUAAAUGUAAUGUAAGUUUUUCAUCCGCAUAUAUAUUUCGUAUUCUGUGAUAUAAUGAAAUAGGUGUAGAUUCUGUCAUGGUUUCUGCAGAAGAAGCUUAUGUGAUAUGAGAGGAAAUUAUGUUUGUAUUAUUA